UUUAGUUCUACUAGUUCAAAGUUCAGACACAUCCAUCAACUAAUCAUAAACAAUGGCAUCAGUUUGGAAAAUGCAAUGUUUGUUGAUUGCUCUUUCGAUCUUCAUUAUGGCUGAUCUAGUCUCGUCUCGAAAGCUAUAUCUCCAUGAUCAGUCUUCAUCCAUUCAUGAGAGACAUGAGCUGUGGAUGAAAAAAUAUGGAAGGGUUUACAGGGAUAAGGCAGAGAAAGAAAGACGCUUCGAGAUAUUCAAGCACAAUGUUAAGUUCAUAGAGUCCUUUAAUGCUGCGGGGAAUAAAUCCUACAAGCUCAGGAUUAACAAAUUUGCAGACUUAUCCAAUGAUGAGUUCAAGGCUUCCCAUAAUGGAUACAGGAGGUCGGAACAGACAAGAUCAAUGAAAGCAACCUCAUUUAAGUAUGCAAAUGUGACCGGUUUGCCUGCUAGCAUGGACUGGAGAAAGCAAGGAGCUGUUACCCCUGUCAAGGAUCAAGGCGACUGUGGGUGUUGCUGGGCUUUCUCAACAGUGGCAGCCAUUGAGGGGAUCCACAAAAUAACUACUGGUAAAUUGAUCUCUUUAUCCGAGCAAGAGCUCGUAGAUUGUGACACUAAAGGUAAGGAUGAAGGCUGUAAUGGUGGUUACAUGGAAGAUGGAUUCAAGUUCAUAAUCGAAAACCAAGGCAUCACCAGUGAAGCUAAUUAUCCUUACAAAGGAACUAAUGGAACUUGUAACCCCAACAAGGAGGCUUCCCUUAUUGCUAAGAUCACUGGCUAUGAAACGGUUCCUGCUAACAGUGAGGCAUCACUGAUGAAGGCAGUAGCACAGCAACCUGUGUCUGUCUCCAUUGAUGCUGGUGGAUUGUCUUUUCAGUUCUACUCUUCUGGUGUUUUCAAAGGAGAAUGUGGAAACAUCCUAAACCAUGGUGUAACAGCAGUAGGGUAUGGUACUAUCAGUGAUGGAACCAAAUAUUGGCUUGUCAAGAAUUCAUGGGGCGCAGAUUGGGGUGAGCAAGGAUACAUAAGGAUGCAUAAAGAUGUAUUUGCUAAGGAACGCUUGUGUGGAAUUGCCAUGGAUUCCUCUUAUCCGACUGCCAAUGCUUAACUAAAAUAAUAUGUUAUCUUAGGAAAAAAAGAAAAACCCUGCAAAAAUACAUGUUUCUCAUUUUAUGUUGGUGAAUCUGUACACUUUUAAGUCUUUUGAUUUACACAUUUUGUCGUUCAGGUCUGUUGUGUUUUGUUUAGCAAGGCUUGCUCCCUCAUGUGUUCGUCCGUUUUUUUA